AUGAUGCAGAUAGAAUUUCUAUAUCAAGGCAAGAGUGAUUCGAUCAUUUUACGCUUCCAGACUGAACAGGACAUGUUUCUAUGGUGGUGGUCCAUUCAAGUGGCUGCCCGGGUGCAAAUUGAGCCUCAGCUGCUUCAUAAGUGCAUGAGUCGGUCAACGCUAUCACCAUUCCAAAUCAAAGAGGGGACACAUCAAGUGGAUAAUGUCCUUUUUCCAAAAUGUAACCACUCGGUAUUUGAUCCUCUUCAAAAGAAGCUGCAAGUUCCUCGAGGGGUAACGCACCUCAUUUUUAUUCGUCAUGGAGAGACUGAAAACAUUAAUUUUCGAGUCUGUGACCGAGACAAGAGACUAACGAAGCGAGGAGAGGAGCAGGCUAAGAUCACCGCCAAAUAUCUCAACAAAAUGCUUCGAACGCGAGGAAAUGGCAAACCAAUUAUCACUCUAAUUUAUGGAGGAUUGCGAAGGACUGUAGAGACGGCAACGAUUUUCGCCAAUAUGAUGCCGUGGAUUGGUAACAAGUACGAAUGCUGCUUCUUGGAAGAUGGCGCUCCCAAGAAUGUAGGCGUUUAUCACCGCUAUGAGUACCGCGAGUCGAUGCAUAAGAUGGCGUUCCAGAACAUAUGCCGUUGGGAUGGAGAAGACAACCUGGUGCGUGGACCGAAGGGCGAACCUGAAAAUUUCAAGAUUGUUAUUGCACACACGAGUUUCAUUCAAUACUGCAUGGCUCAGUGUUAUGAUGUUCCAAAGGGGAUCAUCCAGCUGGGUGCUCCAAUUAGUCACUGCAGCAUUACACAGAUCGAUCUGAGGGCGAGUGAUAAGAUCGUUGGCUUGUUUUCCAAUCGUGUUACACACAUGCCGCUCACCCAUCAAACCAGUGAGUAA